GUCUGUGUCAGCGCUGACUUCGUUUGUCAUACGAUACCUCCGCUCGCCAUGCGCCUCCCGUCCGUCCGCUUCUUGCCAUCGAGUACGGCGCCGGCGGUGGUGGCCGCGAACGCGCGCAUAGCCUGGCUGGUGCGCGCGGGGAACAUAGAGGGAGCCCGCGCGGCCUUCGAUGCCAUGCCACUCCGCACCACCGCCUCCUACAACGCCCUCAUCGCCGGCUACUUUCGUAACCACCUCCCGGACGCCGCCCUCGGCCUAUUCCACCGCAUGCCCUCCCGCGACCUCGGCUCCUACAAUGCCCUUAUCGCCGGCCUCUCCCUCCGCCGUCACACCCUUCCCGAUGCCGCCGCCGCGCUCGCCUCCAUCCCCUUACCCCCUUCGGUCGUCUCCUUCACCUCCCUCCUGCGCGGGUACGUGCGCCACGGCUUGCUGGCCGACGCCAUCCGCCUGUUCCACCAGAUGCCCGAGCGCAACCACGUCACAUACACGGUGCUGCUUGGUGGUUUUCUAGAUGCCGGCCGUGUCAACGAGGCCCGAAAGUUGUUCGAUGAAAUGCCUGACAAGGAUGUUGUUGCGCGAACUGCCAUGCUAUCCGGGUACUGCCAGGCUGGACGGAUCACCGAGGCGCGUGCUCUGUUUGAUGAAAUGCCAAAGAGAAAUGUUGUGUCAUGGACUGCCAUGAUAUCUGGAUACGCUCAAAACGGGAAGGUUAUCCUUGCACGGAAGCUUUUUGAGGUGAUGCCUGAUCGCAAUGAGGUGUCAUGGACUGCAAUGUUAGUCGGGUACAUACAGGCUGGCCAUGUCGAGGAUGCUGAGGAUCUGUUUAAUGCAAUGCCAGAUCACCCUGUGGCAGCCUGCAAUGCGAUGAUGGUUGGGUUUGGGCAGCAUGGGAUGGUCGAUGCUGCCAAGGCAAUGUUUGAGAGAAUGUGUGCGAGGGAUGAUGGUACAUGGAGUGCAAUGAUUAAAGUGUAUGAGCAGAACGAAUUCUUGAUGGAGGCACUGUCUACGUUCCGUGAGAUGUUGUGCCGAGGUAUCCGUCCAAAUUACACAUCAUUCAUUAGCAUCCUUACGGUGUGUGCGGCACUAGCUACUGCCGAUUAUGGGAGGGAGUUACAUGCUGCAAUGCUGAGAUGCUCCUUUGACACGGAUGUCUUUGCCGUGUCAGCAUUAAUUACCAUGUACAUAAAAUGUGGAAAUUUGGAUAAGGCCAAGAGGGUCUUCAAUAUGUUUGAGCCCAAAGAUGUCGUGAUGUGGAACUCCAUGAUCACUGGUUAUGCUCAGCAUGGGUUGGGGGAGGAAGCACUCGGCAUAUUUGAUGACCUGAGGUUGGCGAGAAUGGCACCUGAUGGAAUUACGUAUAUAGGGGUCCUCACGGCCUGUAGCUAUACAGGAAAAGUUAAAGAAGGCAGGGAGAUCUUUAAUUCUAUGGGUAUGAAUUCUUCCAUCCGACUAGGAGCUGCACAUUAUUCUUGUAUGGUCGAUUUGCUUGGUCGAGCUGGUCUUGUAGACGAAGCAUUAGAUUUGAUAAACAACAUGCCAGUUGAACCAGAUGCUAUUAUCUGGGGAGCUCUGAUGGGUGCCUGCAGGAUGCACAAGAAUGCUGAGAUUGCUGAGGUUGCUGCUAAGAAGCUGUUGGAACUAGAACCUGGUAGUGCCGGACCAUAUGUCUUGCUCUCUCACAUUUAUACAUCCACCGGGAGGUGGGAAGAUGCUUCUGAUAUGCGGAAGUUCAUUAGUUCAAGGAAUUUGAACAAAUCACCAGGCUGUAGUUGGAUAGAAUAUAACAAGAUGGUGCAUCUGUUCACAUCUGGUGAUGUAUUAUCACAUCCAGAGCAUGCUAUUAUCCUUAAUAUGUUGGAGGAGCUAGAUGGAUUAUUAAUGGAAUCUGGUUACUCAGCUGAUGGAAGCUUCGUGCUUCAUGAUGUAGACGAGGAGCAAAAAGCUCAGAGCUUACGGUACCAUAGUGAGCGGCAGGCUGUGGCAUAUGGACUCUUGAAAGUACCAGCAGGAAUGCCUAUUCGUGUCAUGAAGAACCUUAGAGUGUGUGGUGAUUGCCAUUCUGCUAUAAAGUUAAUCACGAAGAUAACUUCUCGGGAAAUCAUACUGAGGGAUGCUAAUAGAUUCCAUCAUUUCAAAGAUGGGUUGUGCUCUUGCAGGGACUAUUGGUGAGGUGAAUGGCCAGGUUGGUUCCUUGGUUUGCAUCAUCUCAAGUUCUCAACCUUCCAUUUGGGAACAUAUUCAGAAAUCAGGUUUCAUCUGAACAUGAAGUUCAUCAUCCAUUAUGAGAAAACUGCAUAUGGCAAGCUUGUUCCCUCGAUAUAUUUGCAAACCAUUGAUGGUGUCAUGCAAAUUGCUGCUCUAAGCCACAUCGCAUCUUAGAGGGAAUCACUGGAUUUACAACAGGAGCAUUUUAUUCUUUGAAUGGUUACAAACCCCAGAAGAAAGUUUGACGUGAAAAUAUAAUAUCCACUACGAUGCUCGAAAGCGCAGCUGUGGGAUACUAAUAGUUCAUUCAGCAUUUUGAGCUUAAGGUGAUAAAUUUGGCAGACACGAAAUAUCAAGACAGUCAUGGCAUGACAAAACACAUGAAUGUGCCUGCAGUGGUUAGUAAAGUGCACGCCAUGCAGAUUGUUUGUAUGAGUUGUGGAUAUUUGAUUGUCAAAGAUGGCCGUUAGAUUUGAUUGGUUAUCCCUUAUCAGCUUUCAGUAAUUUACUUGGCCAACGGAAGGAUAGAUCAUCAAGACUAAACGUGGCUGCCUAACUGCCUUCCAUGCUGCAAGAGUUGAAGCAAUGAAUCAGCUCCAGAAGAAAAUACUUCCGCUGCUGUUGUUGAUUGCACUGACCAUUUCUUACUGCGAUGCGGCAGCUCUGUGGGCUGUGGCUGCACGCCACCCACGCCGACGCCGGCCGCGGCCUCACCAACCAUGAACCGCUGCACCGCAUGGCAGCGCGCAGCCAGGCCCGUGCCAUGCACCUGCUUUCUUUUCUCUUUUUUUAUGCCAAACGACGUCAUCUCUGACACGGAGUACCUGGCUGCGCCGUGCACCUGGCCAUCGGCACAGCCUGUGCAGCUCAUCCUGGACACGGGGAGCAACCUGGUCUGGACGCAGCGCCCGCCGUGUCAUGCCUGCUGCGACCAAGCACUCCUCUAUUCGAGGAGCGACGCAGGGGUUUCGGCUUCUCCUGAUAAUCAGAUGAGCCAGGCUUGCUUCUUAAAUGAAAUGCAGAGGAUUUAAACAAUGAAGCUCACUCCCAGAGUGUAUCGCAUUAGGUUGUGAUGUCAUCUUGCGUGAAUUGGCUUCUUUGGAGCCCAAUCGCAUCUUCAAUCUCCUAGCAACUCUUAACCGGCAAUAUCGCCGAAUCUCCAUGGUAAAUAUCUGUUGCUUGUAUUCUGGACUGCUCUUUCUUCUCUCUUUUUUACCGCGCAGUUGGAUGCAAAGCAGCGCAUCGCAUCGACCGCCUACAGGGAUGCCUCUGGCCAGCUCGUCCAACAGAUUAAGAAGGGGAAAUGAAAGGAACAGCGCCCAGAGCUCGGAGAAGAGGUGGCGACAAACGCAUGGGAGGAAGGUGACCACAACAUGGUUGUCCGAUACAAUUUAUCAAAAAGCUAGAUAUAGGUGUGAUACAACCUCGAAGGGCCUGAAUCAACAUUGCUUCAAAGCAGGAAGAACUUUUUUCUUCAUUACUUAUUCAAGUUUAUCGAACAGUUUUGCUACAGAUGAGGAGCUGUACAUAAUGUCACAUAUAUUGAGCAGCUGCUGCCAAGUAUCCCCUCACCAGUCA